AUGUCUGAGGCUGUGUUAAAUCCUGCGCUUUCUUUCAAUAUUGAUCCUGGGGCUUGGAAGACCCUGAGUAGCUCUGCUCCUGGUUUUGGGUACAAGGUGAUUCAAAGAAAAUCAGAUUUGAUCGUCAGUGCCCCACUUGAACAGGAGAAUGGGGGAAUAUAUAGCUGCACCACUUCUCCUCCAAAAUGUCAAGAUAUAAAACCAGAAGCUCCAGAUUUGACAGCUAAUGUGUCCCUUGGUAUGUCAAUGGAAAGUGAUCCCUCUGCAGAAAACACUGUGGUGUGUUGUCCAUCCAUCCCAAAGCACUGCAAAAGUAUCACCAUGUACAACGGUGUGUGCUUUCAGAUAGACAGUUCUAAUUCAUUUGGACCACCGAUACCAUCUUCUCUUGACGACUGUGAAACACAAGUCGACCUUGCCUUUCUUUUGGAUGGUUCAGGCAGCGUAUCUGAUCCUGAUUUUCGAACAAUGAAGAAGUUUGUGAGAGAUCUAAUUGUAUCAUUUCUCUCAAGUGACACACAGUUUUCUGUUUCCCAGUUCUCCAGUGCCCCAGAGGUUCAUUUUAACUUUAAAAAAUUUAACUUACCUGAAAUGGAGGAUGAAAUCAAUAAAAUUCAGCAACAUGUGGGAACGACUUUCACGGCUAAGGCCAUCAAAGAAGGAAUUCAGAUGUCUAUUGUUGGUGCAAACCAGUGGAGGGGAGGCUACGUGCAAUACACAACAGGAGGCCAGAAGGUGAAAACAUAUGAGGAUGUGUCUUUUGAGCCUGACAGUUAUCUUGGUUACUCCAUGGCAAUUGCUAAGGCCCAAAGUGGUUCUCUGACAGUUCUUGGUGCUCCAAGAUAUAAACACAGAGGAGUUGUGGUCUCUGUUAACAGAGAAAACUUUGAAAACCAAACGAUUGAGCCCUUGGCAUCACAGUAUCAGACUGGUGAAUAUUUCGGGGCAGAGGUGUGUACCAUGGACAUAAAUAAUGAUGACAUCACUGAGCUAAUCUUCAUAUCUGCCCCAAUGUACACGGAGCCUGACAGAGAGGGAAGAGUUUAUGUUUGCACAUUAACUGGUUUGUUUGUGGAGUGUAAUUUUCAUGAUCCAUUAAUACUAAGAGGACAUGCAGGUGUCAAAGGAAGGUUCGGCUCUUCUCUUGCUGUACUGCCUGAUCUAAACGGAGAUGGUUUCAAUGAUUUGGCAGUUGGAGCACCUUUGGAGAAUGGUGGUGAAGGCAGCAUCUACAUAUUCCACAGUGAAGGAGGACGAAUCAGCCCUACUUACUCACAGAGAAUUACUGGCUCUGAGGUCCAGUCAGGACUGAAGUUCUUUGGCCUGUCAAUCAGUCAGUCGGCUUUUGACCAGAGUGGUGAUGGACUGCUUGACUUAGCGGUGGGUUCAAAGGGUAAAGUUGUCUUGCUGAGAUCAAGACCCAUUGUAGAGGUAAAGUCUGAGGUGUCAUUCAGCCCAAACCAAAUCUCUACUCAGAAUGUAGACUGCUCAAAACCAUUGGAGAACACAGUUACAGUCUGCUUUACCAUGAGCAGCUUGUCUACGAAAGAGCAACGCGCAGCUCAAGCAAGGAUUGAUUAUAUGUUAACAUUGGAUACCACUCGCAAACCUUCGAAAAAACGAGCUUACUUCAGUGAGAAAGAACAAGAGCGGUCUGGAUCAAUUAUUGCCACCUUGGGGAAAAAGUGUUCAAAUGUAACAUUUUUUAUUGAGGCCUGUCCAGAAGAUGCUCUCAGUCCUCUUUCUAAUGAGAUUAAAUUCAGUUUUUAUGGUUUGCCUUCUGACGAAAAUCUCACGCCAAGUCUUUCCCCGCAUGCUCCAACAGCAACUAAUUACCCCGUAAGAAAUGUGCACUAUAAGUGUACAGUUAAUACUUUUGCCUUUACUUUUAAUGUAACUCUGGCACUGUCGUCUUGUUUUCCUCUCCUUUUAUUCUCAUCUGGCUUCAUACUCCACAGAUCCUCAGAGGUUAAAGUGGGCAUUGAUGAGCUUUUGAAUGUCACAGUCACAGUGGAGAACAGAGGAGAAAACUCCUACAAAAGCCGUGUUAUUCUCACGUACCCAGCUGGACUCUCCUACAGGAAGUUCACGAGUCAGCAGGGAAGAAUUGAGUGCAAGUCCUUGGACAGUGAAGAUGGUUUAUCACGAGGAAGGACAGACUGUACUAUUGACAAGCCCAUUUUCAAGAGCCAAACUAAGGCUUCCUUCAUUGUCUUCUAUGGGAUUGACACCAAUAGUCAAUUUGAGAGGAAGAUCUUUGUCACUGCAAAUGCCACCAGUGGAAAUCAGGAGCAUGCACCUACAAGUGAACUCUACAAAAAGAAAUUGAUUGAUGUAAAAUACAGCAUUUUUAUGACAAUUAAAGGCUCCCCCAGCUACAACAAUUUCACAUUUGGGAAGAAUGAUUUGCAGAAACCAGUCCAGCAAUCAAUCACGCUAACAAAUGAUAUCAGAGCACUUCAUAAUUUCACUGUGUGGAUCAAGGUUCCAGUGAAGCUUGGGGGAAAAGACAUUUGGGUGCAUCCGAACAACCUACAGAUUGCAGACUGUAAGAAAGGAAGUUAUGAAGAACCACAUGUUAAAGACUUUGUUCCUCAGAUCCAAAAAAAUAAAGUAGUGGACUGCUCUGUGGCCAUGUGUAGAGUGUUUGAGUGCAAGACAUCUCUGGAAAGGCAGGAGAAGAGGACGUAUGAAAUCUCUGGAAACCUCACUUCACAGUGGAUAGAGCAGAUUGGACUUCAGUCUGCUAAAUUCCUCUUGACCAGCCAAGUCAGUCUGAAGUACGACCGAAGCAAGUACGUCUACUUUUCAACAGGGUCUGACUACAAUUCUCCUGUUCACAAGAUUGAGGCAGAAGUAGAAGUGUACCCUGAGCCAGAUUUUAUCAAAGAGAUCAUUGGAGGAUGUCUGGGAGGGUUGUUUUUUUUGAUUUUACUCACAGUUGUCCUGUAUAAGGCUGGAUUUUUCAAGAGUAAAUAUAGCAAGGUAAACACUGAAGAACCGGAAGAUGGUGCAGGUGGAGACGUACCCACAGGAUAAAAACAAAGGUUCAUAUUUGUAGAUCUCUAUCUAAUCUUCAAAGAAGGUCUGAAAUCCCUCCCCUGCUCGCCCAUUUACUUACAAUAGAAGUUCCUACCUGGUGGGCAGGACCUGACAUAGCAAAAUCAGUAUGGCCCGGAUCUGGCCCACACAGUGUGCUUACACAUGGCCCACAUACCGCAAAGAAUGACGGCCCUUUGGUG